GUUCCUUUGAUAUGUAACCUAGGUAACCACGCGCCUCAUUCUUCAUAUAGCAGAGUCCAUAGCCGCAGUUUAAAUCCUUUUACCUCCUCAAACCAAAGCAGGGUCUAAGGAAUACCCUGGAACCCCACAUUUAAACAUAGCAAGGUGAAAGUGAGAACAAUAGAAUGGCAAAGUCGUUGAGAUCAAAGAGGGAGAAGAGGCUGAGGGCUAUUCGGAGGGAGAUUGUUGAGCCUUACUAUGACAAGAAAGAAGCUGCUAAGCUGGCUGCCCAAGAAGCUGCCCUUGCUGCACCUAAGCUACUUGUUUCUUCCCCAUCAAAUACUGCCAUGGACGCCUCUGCCUCCACCUCCAUUAACAGCACCAACGCCGAUGUGGAUAUGGCUGAAGGCAGUCAAAGCAUGGCUUCCUUGAAGCCUGUUGGUGGAAUAGGGAAGAAAUUAAAAAAGAAACUGAAAAUUGCUAAAAGCAAACGCCAUGGUAAGGGAUUCAAGGGAAAGCUCGGAAGAAACCGUAAAAUAUAACUCCAACAGUGAAUGGUUGUGGUGGUGGUGGGCUAGUUAAGAGCUCCUGUGCUUUUAGCUUGACUCAUGAAGACUGUUCUAAUUUUGAUUAAAAAACAAAAAAAUACAUGAAGACCAUUCAAAUCUCUUCAUUAUGAGCUGAAGACCUUUUUGUUGACUUAGGUAUUGAGGUACAACACAAUUUUAGUUUGGGGAUGUGGUUAAUGUUGAUGACUCGCUCUGAACACGAAGGAUAGAAUGUUUAACUUCUGCACCAACCUUGUUCUUAAAUAUGGAAUUUGAUAGGACUGGUUUACGUUUCUCAUGAUUGUAGUUUUCAGUCUUUUGUUCCUUUAUGAAUGUGAACUUGAAGAACCUGCCAGCCUUAUGUUACUUUAAUGAUGUUUAUCAUCAGUUGAAAACGUUGUCCUAGAUGUUAGUAGCUUUGAGAAGAUCAAAAUGUAAUUUUAAUGAGAGGUCUGAUUGCUUUUAAAGUCCCUCCAUCCUCAUAAUCACAUUGAAUUAAUUUAGAGUUUUUGACUUGAGUAAU